GCACGGGGCAUGGCACGUCUCAGGUGCUUUGGUCCGCUGUUGUGGCCUGGCCAAGUGCCAAGCGCUUAAACGGGCCGCGCAAAGGUAAAUACAAAUAGCACUCAAUUACACUCAGGGUACCUCAAGCAGCCAAAGAGGCACAACCAAUGUUAAAUUGAUAAAAAGAAGCGCAGCACUUGGAAUAAGUUCGUUGGCCAGUUGGAAGCCAAAAUUAGUGCAACGACAGGCGACUGCCAGUGCGGGUCUUCAAUCACUUCCCAGAUGAUGCAGCUGAAUCACAUAGCCAUGGGCCUGGUGCUCCUCUCCUCAGCCCUGCAGGCGGCCAUUCUGCCGCUGACCCGCAUCGACAAGGGCAGUGUGGACGACAAACCGUUUGCCUUGGAUACGGAAAAGUUCGGCUAUCUGGAGCUCAAGCCAAACGGUUCCAUGAUCCUGAGGCGUGGCCCCAACCAGAGCGGCAGUAAUUUGCAGAAUCUCCUGCUGCUGCGUGGAGUGUUGCAGGCCAUCAAACAAGGCCAGCCACACCCACACGCGCAUGGCGAUACGAAGCUCAACAUCAAGAUCUACGGCGACGGAGUGGAGCACAAGUUCCCCCCUCUGCUGGAGAACAUCAUUCAGCGCAUACAGACGUACUUCUCCGUUUACCGCUACACGGACACCAGUCAGCCGGUGCGUAGAGAGGAGCUGCCCACUAAGCAAGUCGCGGAGGGGGAACUGGAGCUGGAAGUGGAUUCCACCACUGUGCGCCCUGGCGACGAGGAUGAUCUGAUAGCCAUCGGUGAGCAGGAUGCCUACAUUACAGUGGGCGAGGGCGCAGAUUAGAUUCCCCCGCUUGGAUUAUGUUAUUUAUUUCAUAUUUAUGCACACUCCACCUAGCUGUAAGCCAAUAAAAU